UUUAAUCUUGCCCUCACUUAGGCUCCACACACAAAUGGCUGCCUUUAUAGGGUGCUCUGCCCUUUUUACAAGAGGCAUUUGCCCCUUCUCCUCCUCUCUUUCUGAGAUGACCUUCCAUUUACACUGCAUAGAUCUGCUUAUACAAUUAGUUGUCUGUCGUCUCCAUCACUAGUAUGUGAACUUUUCCAGGGCAGGGGUUUGGGAUCCCCAGAGCUUAGUGCACUGCCUGGCACAAAGAGGGGACUUACCAUCUGCUUCCAGUGGCCUGGCAGGGUCCUGUUGCUGGGAAGGCCAUGGCUAGUGGGUUGUUUUGAGCUGCAGUGCACUAAACACCAAGUGGCCACACGAGUCUGGCACCAACCAGCCUAAGAAGGGGUGAACCUAUGCUGAUUGGAAACAGCAGGGCAAAGCUCCCAUGCCCGUCAGUCCGGGAGCCUGGCUUGUGUUUCCAGUGGGUGGUGGAUCCAAUCCUAAAAAAUGUUGACUGACUUUCCCUUUGCUCUUUUUCCUCUGGAUAGAUGCCAGUCCACCUGAGCACAGCCCUGCGUGUAGUGGGCACCAGCCUCUUUGCCCUGGCAGUCCUGGGAGGAAUCCUGGCGGCGUAUGUGACUGGGUACCAGUUCAUCCACACAGAGAAGCACUACCUCUCCUUCGGCCUAUAUGGCGCCAUCCUGGGCCUGCACCUCCUCAUCCAGAGUCUUUUCGCCUUCUUGGAGCACCGGCGCAUGCGGCGAGGGGGGCGGCCCCUGAAGCUGGCCCCUUCCGUGGCUCUAUGCAUUGCUGCCUAUCAGGAGGACCCAGAUUACCUGCGCAAGUGCCUCCGCUCUGCCCAGCGCAUCUCCUUUCCCAACCUAAAGGUGGUGAUGGUGGUGGAUGGCAACAGGCAGGAGGACACUUACAUGCUGGACAUCUUCCAUGAGGUGCUGGGCUCCGAACAGACAGGCUGCUAUGUCUGGCAGAGCAACUUUCACGAUGUGGGAGAGGGAGAGACCGAGGACAGUCUGGAGGAGGGGAUAGGCCGCGUCCAGGAGGUGGUUCGGGGCAGCACCUUCUCCUGCAUCAUGCAGAAGUGGGGUGGCAAGCGGGAGGUGAUGUACACAGCCUUCAAGGCCCUCGGAGAGUCUGUGGACUACAUUCAGGUGUGCGAUUCGGACACAGUGCUGGAUCCAGCGUGUACUGUGGAGAUGCUUCGAGUUCUGGAGGAGGAUCCCCGAGUGGGUGGAGUCGGGGGAGAUGUCCAAAUCCUCAACAAAUAUGACUCCUGGAUUUCCUUCUUGAGUAGCGUGCGGUACUGGAUGGCCUUCAAUGUGGAAAGAGCCUGCCAGUCCUAUUUUGGUUGUGUUCAGUGCAUCAGUGGGCCCUUAGGCAUGUACCGGAACACCCUUCUUCAGCAGUUCCUAGAAGAUUGGUACCACCAGAAAUUUCUAGGCAGCAAGUGCAGCUUUGGAGAUGACCGGCACCUUACCAAUCGGGUUUUGAGCCUUGGUUACCAGACUAAGUAUACCGCACGCUCAAAGUGCCUCACAGAGACCCCUACAAAGUACCUCCGUUGGCUCAACCAACAGACUCGCUGGAGCAAGUCUUACUUUCGAGAGUGGCUCUACAACUCCCUGUGGUUCCAUAAACACCACCUCUGGAUGACUUAUGAGUCUGUGGUGACAGGUUUCUUUCCCUUCUUUCUUAUUGCUACCGUCAUCCAGUUGUUCUAUCGGGGCCGUGUCUGGAACAUCCUCCUCUUCUUGCUAACAGUGCAGCUUGUGGGCAUCAUCAAGGCUACCUAUGCUUGCUUCCUUCGGGGCAAUGCAGAAAUGAUAUUCAUGUCCCUUUAUUCUCUCCUUUACAUGUCCAGUCUCUUGCCAGCCAAGAUCUUUGCCAUUGCCACCAUCAACAAGUCUGGAUGGGGCACCUCAGGCCGAAAAACCAUUGUCGUGAACUUCAUUGGACUGAUUCCCGUGUCUAUUUGGGUGGCAGUCCUUCUGGGAGGGUUGGCCUACACAGCUUAUUGCCAGGACCUAUUCAGUGAGACAGAGCUGGCCUUCCUAGUAUCUGGGGCCAUCUUGUAUGCCUGCUACUGGGUAGCACUCCUUAUGCUGUACUUGGCCAUCAUUGCCCGACGCUGUGGAAGGAAACCUGAGCAAUACAGCUUAGCCUUUGCUGAAGUGUGACGGGCAAGGGCAGCUCUCUGAGCAACGUGGGAAAAGUGCAAUGGGCCAGGGAGGGGAAGGGGCAAACUUGACUCCUACCAGUUUAAGGAAAAGAAAUGGGGCGGGCGGGCGGGCGGGCUGUGUCCUUGUUUUAUUAACUGUCGUCCAAAGGACAAGUUUCAGUGCAAAGGAGUUUGACCUGCAGUAUGGCCUGGAGCAACCAUCCCAUUACACAGACCAUGGAUUCAAAUGAAACCGUCACUAGAUUCCUUGGACACUGAGGCUCCUGUACCUCUGCACUGACAAUGAUUCUGGAGAUUGUUUCCUUUCCCUGAAGCCCAGGAGUAAUCCAGAACCAAGUGUGCUGUGCACAUCUGAGAAUGGCCUCCAUUUAGCAGCAGCUUUUUGGUGAGUGAGCCAGCUCCGCCCACACUUCCAAUCGCUAGAUCCCUAUGAUUGUCCCAAGGAAGUGGACUGGCCUCUGGGUAUCAGGGAACAGGGUCUGAGAAUGGGGCUUUAGUUUGAAGAUCAAGUAUUCCUGAAUACCCAGAAAGUGACCAAACCAGCAGGGAUGAGAAACUUCCAGUAGCAGUUGAAGGUGAAUUUAUACCAGGAAGAGGGCACACAUGUCAGUCAUCUAUGUUCUUUUAGUAUACUACAGGCCACAGUAAAUUUUAGUCAUAUGAUGGAUGGAAUUCUUAAAUUUGGAGUUUGGGAUUAAGGCUUCCCAUGUGCAACAACUCAAGAAAUUAUAACACAAUCAUUUAAAGCUUAGGAAAUUAUGAAGUCUUCUAAAUCCAUGGGGUUUCUAAGUGAACCACUUCUCUUUCCUCCAUAGCACUGUUUAGUAUUUCAAGUGGCAGAAAAGUCUGCCCAAGACAGGUAGAUAACUGUUUGGGGUGACUGAGGGCAAGUAGAUGUUUAUGAAGCUGCUUAGACUUGAAUUUCAGGUCAACUCCAACAAGCUGUUGCUUAUUAUAUGAAAUCCAGCCUCCUGCCCUCCACUACAACCUGCUGUCUUAGAUUCUACUAUAGUUUACAGAUGCAAUUUUUGUCUCUUAGUUGUCACUUAUGCCCUUAAGUUUCUCCAUCUUAUCCCCUAGGCAUUUUUCAGUUUUCUCACAGCUAAAGUUUCAAAUUUUUCAGCUUUAUAUUUGCUUAUUUCUAGGCAACACAGAAUCAGGAAAUGGGGCGUUUCCAGUUCCUAAGGUUUUUUUUUUUCCUCACUUCUUUCUACAUCUCAUUGGCUGAAUCACCAUAAAUUGUAUACUCUCAAUUCUUGAGUUAACAUGAACUAGUUUAAACUCAUCUUUGGGACUUUGAGCAUCUCUUGUUUAUUAGCAAGACCACAAUAAUAUUCCUGACUUUAUUCUUCACUACUGAAUCAGUCUCUAAUACCCAAAAGGCAAAUUGGGGGGGGGAGGGGAAAAACCUCUAGGACACCUGUUGUUUCCUGCAAGAGAACGAAAUGUGCUCCAAAUGGCCACUGGGUCAACUUAUGGUGCUUUUCUUUUCAAACGAGUUUGUGUCUUGUGCGUGCUGCCAGCAGUUGCGGCAUCACAGCAGCUCUCUACUCCUCCUGGCAGGUAGACCAUCAUGGAUGAGGAAGAGGCCAGAGGUACCAGCUCUAGUUCAUUCCAAAGUUUUGCUUAUUAAUGAGUGAGCUUUUGAGCUAAAUAAUGGAGGAAAUCCAGCCAGCCAAUGCAAGGUUCAGAUGUAAAACUAAGGGCUUACUUUUCUCAAUUUUACCUAAAAAUGGUUAAGGAAAAAAUAGGUUUUUCCUAGCUGUCCUACUAUCAGAGUUCCUCCAAUCCUGCUACUGUUGCCAGAUUCCCAGAUAGAAAAGGAGCAGAGGUAGAUAAGUGGGCUCACAACUUUCAACCUCGACUGGUUUUUAUAAGUUAUUUUUUAUAUUUUCUGUAAAACACAAAACCAAACAUCAUCUGCUUUAUCCCUAUUUCGUGCAAGGGAAGAGAAUUUAUAUUAAUGAAAAAUUUGGUUUUUCUCUUAAAUCCCAUUUUAAUGAGGGUUUUUCUGAUCUUUUGUAAUUACUUAUUUCUACAAUGAUUUGUAAAUGUAUUUAUUUUUUACCUGCAUUUUUUUCACUUUUCAAAAAGGUCAAAGUUUUUAUACUAUGAUGUAUUUGUCAAAAUAAAAAUUUGCACACGAGAA